AUGUUGAAUAAGAAAUCUGCCUUCAAGCCGAAGGCCGCUAUCCGUCGCCCGCCUGGCAAAGGAGGCUCCCAGAACGCUUCACGUCCAUCGACAACAGAGCCCUCGUACAACAGUACACCUGUACCUCAGGAACCCUCGUCCUUGAAAACCCAGUCUGCCCCGCACCCGGCCACCAGCACAUCCGUCGAAGUCCGCACUGCCGUCCCGCCCGAUGGCGCCCUUGAAGAUAUUGGAACAUCUCUGCAAGGGAAGGAGAAGCAUAUAGAAUCCGGUGAUGCGGAAUUGGGAGCUCAGGCCACGGGAGCCGUUCUAGAAGGCAGAGUCGCGAGUCUUACCACGGCGGUUUCGAGCGAAAAGUCUGUGAGUGAGGCAGCCGCUAGCCAACUUGAAAAGACCACAGCCCAGAUUUUGCGUACUGCCCAAGAACGCCCCCCGUCAGGCUCGCCAGCAGUAGACAGAGAUAAUCGUACCGAAUCUCGCGUGGAUGAUCGGUCGCCGGUCGUUACGGUUGCCGCUGCCGUUGCUCCAACCAACAAUUCUCUUGCCUCUGCAGAGCCUCUCUCUACGAUACAAAUCGAUGGCACUACUACAACAACUACGCCAACCCCUAUUGCCAACCAGGCCUCGACCCCCAAUGCCCCGACAGCUGCUCCGGCGGACCGAUCAUCGCGGGUUGCAGUAACACCCGCCGAGACGCCUAUCAGCGAACAGGCACAACCGGCGAGUGAAACGGCGCCCGAGCCCGCAACGAACUCUUCCCAGACCGCAAAACCAAAGCGUGGCCGUAAACGCACAACAACGACUGUCGCCAUUGAAGAUGCCGGCGAACAAGAUCCCUCCACCUCAAGGAAACGACCACGAAAGAGGGCGGCUCCACUCCCAGGUGAGGAAGGACACCAACCGGCGGCCCGAAGGGAAACACGGAGCCGAAAGCGCAGCGCGUCCGCGGUAGAGGACGAGGAGGUCGAAGAAGACGGCGAGGAGGAGAACGCAGGGCAGCACAAGAAGAAGCCACCGAGGCCGCAACGGGAAGCCACACCACCCGAUGCGGAGGCCGUCGAGAUCGACAUCACCCAAGUCAAGAUGGCCGACCUAGCGAAGGAUAUGCAUAUCGGCAAGAAGUUCAGCCUGCACGACGAGCUUAUGGAGCGCGAGCGUGCUAAGCGUCUCCGAUACAACGAGCGUAGGAAGCGACAGCAGACCGGCGAGGAAGGCGAGGAAACCGCGGAAACUGGCGAAGCCCCCGGCGCGACACCAUCUUCCGACCUCAACAACAGCGCCCAACCCACUCCCUCCGCCACGGACGACGCUACCGCCGAAACCCCCGCCGACAGCAGCGCCCGCGCCCCGAUUGGCGAAACCUAUCAGAUCAUCGACGGCGAGAUCGUGCUCGACCACCGCUCCCUCCAAGUCGACCGGCACGCACGGGCGCGCGAAGAGGCUGGCGACCUCGUCGAGAUCGAAGAGAACGACUUUACGCACCACACCACGUCAGCCACCUACCUACGGCGCAACCUCAAGCCGCAGCAGUGGACCGACGACGAGACGGACCUCUUCUACCAGGCGCUGCAGGCCUUCGGCACCGACUUCGACACCAUCUGCCGCAUGUUCCGGGGCAAGACGCGCAAGCACAUCAAGCUCAAGUUCAACCGCGAGGAGCGCGUCAACCCGCAGCGCAUCACCGCCGCCCUGGUCGGCCAGAAGACGGUCUCGUUCGACAUGGAGCAGUACCAGCGCGCCACGGGCCAGGAGUACGAGACGGCCGAGGCCAUCUACGCCGAGCAGAAGAAGGCCGAGGAGGAGUUCGAGGCCCGCCAGAAGGUCCUCGAGGACGAAAAGGCCGACGAGGUCCGCCGCAAGAAGGAGGAGGUCCUCGCCCAGCUCAACAGCGCCGUCGACGGCGAGGGGCCCAAGAAGGGCGGGCGCAAGGGCAGGAAGAAGAAGGGCCCUGUUCCCAUGGGGCUUUGA